CGUACUUUUGCGCGUCCUGAAGGGAAAAGGCGAAACGCUCUAGGUCGAUUGACGGUUUGUGAACCACGUUGAAGCUUCGACCCCAAGCAAGACAAUUACAUUUCCCAUCUGGCGCCGUCGCGAGGACGGAUAGCUGCGGACAGGCAGUGCGUGAAGCUUUGAUACACAGCCUGGAAGGCAGAGCAUCAAGCAACGCAGGGCGACUAGAGCGCUAUUCACUGAAGCAUAAGGGGCUCGAGACAGAAGACGCAUACCCUUCCCCUCUCACCUACCCAGCAUCCUGCCUCCAACAUGAACGCAUCUCGCCUCUUCCGACCAUCGCCGCGGAUAGCUCAACGCUUCCGUGUUGCAAGGCAUGCAUACUCGACCAGGCCCACAGACCCCGCACCACCGCGUCCCCACCCGCCAACACAACCCUCGAGCUCGACCCAAGCGCCUCCACCUCCCAAGAAAGACCCCUCCCGCGUUGGAACCUUCUACCGCAACAACACAUAUCCCGUCCUCAAGGCCUUCCUCCUCGCUCUCUUCACAUACCAGCUCGCCUACUACGUAUGGCUGAAGCUUGAAGUCGUGGAGGAGAAGAGCGAGCAGCAAGGCACCAUCCAGGGAUUGGAGGAAGAAGUCAAGCGGGCCGUUGCCCAGCAGAAGAGGAAGGCGUCCGAUGUAGCGGCAAAGGUGGCCGGCAGUGGGGAUGAGCUCCCGGAAGAGAAGAAGAGGAAAGGGUGGCUAUGGUGAAGGGCGAUGGAGAGAGGGCGUUGCAAAGGCGUGUGAUUCGAUUGUAGGACUGAUGAUUGUACACUAUGCAUGCGUUUGCAAUUUACUGACCCUAAAUUCCCGUGUCUGUACUGACGCCAGCGCGAAACGCGUCUUGGGAU